AUGGGUGAAGAUCCUCUAAGGAAGGGUCGAGAUGUACCCCUACGUGACUCGCUUGUAGCUGGAUGCAUUUCGGGUAUUUGUUCAAGGGCCGCGACAGCCCCAUUGGAUACCGUGAAGAUCCGGCUUCAAUUACAACAUGCGCAUGAGAGUAAAUACGCGGGUGUAGUGUCAGCUUUCAAAACCAUAAUCAGGGAAGAGGGCUUGCGGGCGCUAUGGAAGGGUAACACGCCUGCGAUGUCGUUAUACGUGGCUUACGGGGCUGUUCAAUUCGGCGGAUAUUCGACUUUUAAUCGUGCUCUUGCCCAGAACGAUUGGCCUGCCCAAGUGCAUAGCUGCGUAGCCGGUGGUCUUGCUGGCGUUUGCAGUUCAAUGGUAACAUAUCCGCUGGACGUUUUAAGAACACGAUUCGCUGCUAAUCGUGACAAGAAAUUGUUUUCUAUGGUACAAAGUUGUCGAAGUAUUUGGAAUACGGAAGGCUUAUCUGGGUUUUUCAAAGGCGUGUCUACGUCUGUAGUAUCUGUGAGCCUUGCGACGGCCUCAAUGUUCGCGACAUAUGAGUCGAUCAAGAUAUAUUGCGAGAAUCGACGCAACAAGCAACGACGAGGAAUAGGCAUUCUCGAAAACAUGGCUAGCGUUGUCGCAGGCGUAGUAUCCAAGACGGUCACGUUUCCGAUAGACACUUUGCGCAAGAGACUCCAGAUAUUGAAUUCGCAGCAUUUGGCGCGGUUUACGGCAUGCGAAGAUCUCUACCACACUUACAAGAGUGAACGAAUUCUGUCAUUGGUUGUACAAAUCGCCAAACGUGAAGGAAUAUCUGCAUUUUACCGUGGCUACACGCUGGGGGUUUUGAAGACUGCACCGGCAACGGCCUUGAGUCUUUGGGUUUACGAUUACGCUGUGAAAUUGCUGGGCAAAACUCACCGAAGCGUAUUGACAUGCACCAGCUGA